UGUUCAAAGUAUGAAGUCUAGUUGUAUGUUUCAGUUGUUCUGUGGUGUGGGUCAAAUUGCGACUUGAUACUUGUUUGGAAACAUGUCUAGUUAGCAUGGGAUACAAAUUUUAUUUUUGUUGAUAUAAUACUAUCGUAAACAAAAAUGGAUGAAGAUGAAGAAAUAAAUAUAGUUGGCGAUCCAAAUUUUUUGAAUUGCGAUUACACAGUCCAUCCACAAUGGUUGUUGGAUAGGCCUAGUACAAAUCCAGAUUGCUGGUAUAAUAAUUCGACCUCCAACAGGAGUCGUGAAGAUUCGGACCAGGAACCCAUAGGUCAUAUAACUACAGAAAAUUCUAUAACUGAUGAAAGUGGUUGGACUGAAAAAGAAAAAACAUUGUUAGAAAGAGGUAUUGAAAUCUUCGGAAAAAGCCCUCUCCGUCUUUCUCAAUUUAUAGGAACAAAAACACCUUCAGAAAUCAAGUAUUACUUGAAAAGUUUUUAUAUGGAACUUCAUCCAACACAUUUUGUUAGAAAUUCAGUUAGAAAAUUGAGUGAUGACUUUUUAGAACUUGAAAAUAUUCUCAUUGAUUCCCAGAUACCCUGUACAAGUGAGCAAAUAGUUGAAAUUGAUAUUCAAAAUGAGAAUAUAAGAAAGAGAAGAAAAAUUAAUACUUCAAAAGAGAUAGUAAGAAAUAAUAUCAAAAUACCUAGUCAUAAGCAACAAAAUUCUAAAUUUAAUAUAAUUCCGAACAAACAAACAGUAGAGUCAGGCAAAAGUAAACUUGUAAAUAAGAGUAUUUCCAGAAAGAAUAUCAUAAAUAAUGAUUCUAAAAGUAAUAAACUAACAGAUUUGAGCCUAGAAGGAGAAAUUGUUUACAUGAAAAAGACUUCCGAGAGUUCAGAUUCAGAUGUAGAAAUAGAUAUAGAGGAUAAAUGUGAAGAUAAUAAUGUACAAAAAGAUGCACAACAAAUUGUUAUUGAAAAGACAUUGAAUGAAUGUUCACCCAAUGGUGAGAGUAGUGAAAUUAAAGCUGAGAAUGAAAUGAAUGCAUCAGAUGAUGCAGAUAUUUUAAAUCAGUUAUCUUCCUUAGAUAUUCCCAGAUUUGAAGUGAAAUUAGAUAAAAAUAUAAUAUCUGGACUGGAAAAAUUUAUUUUUAGUGAGUUUUUCACCCAUAAUAUAAGUAUUGAUGAAAAAUCUUUGGAAAAUUAUUUGAAACUGAGGAAUCACAUUAUAUUUUCUUGGACCUGCAAAAAACCAAAUUAUUUAACAAAAGGUGAUAUACAAAAAGGAUUUAAACCAUCUGUAAGGAGCACUUUAUGCAAGAUUCAUAAUUUUCUAGAACAAAUUGGAGUGAUUAAUUAUGGAUGUGGGAGAGUUAGAUAUAUCAGACCUAUGCACAAAAUUUUCAAGAAUACAAAAAUGGAAAAUGUGCUGAAAAACUCCACUCAUCCUAAACGAUUCAAAAAAAAGUUUUUACACAAUGGUGAGGGGGGCUGUACAGUUAGUCAUGGGGCCCAUGGAGAAAUUAUAGAAACUACAGUGAUCAAUAAGGAUCCUGUAAACCCAAAAUUGAAAGCAGUGAAGAAACAGCCAACUUAUUUGAUUCAUUGUAAGCCAUUUUCUUGUGACUAUAAAUACAAGGUCAAGUUGCAUUUAUCAACCUUACUUCUCAUGGAUUUUCAUGCUCAUUCUGCAGUUAGUGAAGUAAUGGGGCUUAUUGGAGGUACAUGGAGUCAAAGCACCAAAUUGUUAUCUAUUACUCAUUAUGAACCUUGUAAAAACCUGGCUUCCUCUACUACUCAUUGUGACAUGUGUCCAGUGUCUCAGGCUGAAUCUGCAGAGAGAAUACAUGAUAUGGAAUUAAAUUUGCUGGGUUGGUUCCAUUCACAUCCUAUGUUCGCCCCAGAACCCUCACAGCAAGACUUAGAUACCCAGAAGGGGCUGCAGAAGUGGAUUGGAAAUGAGAAGCCUUGUGUUGGCAUUAUUUUGUCGCCUUUUAAUAGGCCUACAGCUCUAACGCCCUCUGACUAUCGAUGUUUGAUUGUUGACAAACUUGAAAAUGAUGAAAGGCUUUUACCUUAUAAAUUUAAGGUUGAAAUUGUAUCAGAAAAUUUCAAUUUAGAUAGAUUUAUAGCAAAUGUUUCCAGGAUCUAUAACUUUGUAGUUGUGAAUGGGGAUUAUGUCGAUGAAAAAUAUGGAAGCAGCUUCCAACAACCUUAUGUGCAUGAUAAGAGUAUGACAUUUAUGGAAAAGUUUGUUUCAAGUGCCAGAUUGACUUUGGAGAGGUAUUUUUCAGAGCAGCUAUGCCAGAAAAUUGUUAAAGGCAUAAUCAAUGUCUGUAAUAAGCCAACCUAGUUUAGUCUAAGAUUGUUCUUCUCCAAAUGUUCAAAGUUACUGUUAUAUGAAAUUUAGAAGUUCUAGAUGAAAUAAAGGUUUUAACAAUUUGAA